UUUGAACUCAUCUUUAAAACAACAUUAGCUACAUUUUUCCUGAGGUAGUGGCGUUACUAUGGUCUUCCUGUCGUAUGUUUUACAUAGUUUGUCAUGUAAAAUCUGAGUACAAACUCAUUUUUGGCAGCCACCAAACAUACAGGGACUCAUGUCGCGUAUGUACAAAAACAAUGAUUGUCGGGACAUGUAUCAGAUAUAUUGUUGCGUCUUAAUAGUUGAAUAACUUAGGGUUGGGCUGCAGGAAAGCCUAGAGUGACCAGACCAAAACCUGGUGUCGGCAGUCUACACGCCGUUCUGAGGUUCUCGAGGUAAUUUAUUACUGUUUGUCCCUUGGGUCCGUAGUGGAACACAGGGCUUCAGUAGCACGUCACCAUUUCACUCUCUUCUCUGCAGUCUUUUGAGCCUGUCUCCACAACUGCUCAGAAUCUUUCAUUUCUUCCUUACACCGUCUCCUCCAAUUUAACCUCGGACGCCCAACUCGUCGUUCCCAAUGCGGAUUCCACUCGAGGACCUGGCCUGGCGCGUGAUGUCCCCAAUCGGUCUUCUCAGUAAGAGCCUUCGAUGCUUUUGUGGACAUCAUGGUAGCGUAGUGUAGCGUUGUAUGAUUAUAACUUUCUUUCCUUUUGAGUUGAAUCUUACUGUCACGAUCCUGCAGGAGGUUGAUAGCCACUCGAAAACUCAGUGUGCUCGUGGUUUUCGUCUGGGUGACAAUAUCGGAGUGGAUUAUUGACUGUCGAGUUGACAGUUUAGAGAGUCCGCUUGCAUUCCAUCUGCUUUCGGAGAUUCCUAGCUUUUCUAUGCUAUAUCUUCCCAUCUCUUUUGAAAUAUGGGCAGCCUUGUUAGGUUGAUAUGUUGUGUGGACAUUCCAUGUCGCCAUGCUUACUUUUGUUUUCAUCGAGUGGAGAGAAGAUACAUCGGCCAAUUGGCCUCCCGAAGGCAGGCUUUCACCAACCGGCGUCAUUUCGUCUCCCUGAUUCCAGUUUUGAAGUUUCUUUAGCGAUUGGAUUGGUUUUCCAGAAUGAGGUUGCUAGCCGUAUGCCCGACGUUCCCUAUUUAUCCGGGCUUAGGACCGACUAGUAAAUAGUGCACCAGUUAAGCAGAUUGUUCAUUUUGUUUCAAAGGGUGAUUCGACUUGACUCUAGAAUACACAUCUAUCUUUACGUACUCCAAUCAGUUAAAUUAUGUUUCAACCACCCUCAACAUCUCACAAUUCAUCAAUCAAAGCCUCGCUUUCAGUACUAAACGUUCUUAAACAUAUUAUCGAGUCAGAGGAAUGGUGUGAUUUAAAAAGCCUAAUAAGUUUAAUCAUAGAAAGAUGGGGUAGUUUGUAUAAAUAUUCUGAUGAUAACACCGUGAUUCUGAAUACAACACUUAGAGUGUUGAAAGUUAUUCGCGAAGAAGCCCUUAAAUUCCAGAUGGGGGAAAACGCCGAUUUUGAGGAGAAUUUAACGAAUCGACUUUUUGCUGUCGGGGAUGAAGCUUAUGAAACAGUUUCACGAUCUGAUAUUCUCGAAGCUAUUGUCAACACGAUGGAUGAUUUGGCUCUUGAGAUAAAGUCCUGUUUGACAAGCCUAGCUGACUUAUCUCUAGAUUUCAUCCACUCUGAUGAACUUAUUAUGACUUCAGGAUAUUCCAAGGCAGUUCACCAUUUUCUGCGCCAUGCAGCAAAGAAGGGCAGAAACUUCAAAGUUAUAAUAUGUGAAUGUUAUCCGGACAACUUAGGACACAAGCUAGCUGAAGAAUUAUCAAAGGAUAAUGUGGAUGUUAUUUUAGUUCCCGAUAGUCACGUCUUCGGUUUAAUGUCACGGAUAAAUAAAGUGAUUGUAAGCUGCCAUGCUGUAUACCCUGAUGGGACAUUAAAAGCCACAGUGGGAAUAUAUGGUGUUAUGCUUGCUGCCAAAAGCUUUUCAAUCCCGAUUUACGUUUGUUUACCGCAUUACAAGCUAUCUCCUGUCCCGUUCAAACUCUCUUCUCGAUCAACACCAUCAUUUUCAGUUCAACCUACUGCUAAUCCAAGUGAUCGUUCAGCCGAGUGGUUAGAUAGCCCAUCAGUUAUUCUUCCACCAAGUGAUCCUGUGUUAAUUAACGAGGGCUUAGUUUAUCAUCAACCUAGUGAAGGUCCAGUUGUUUGGGUACCGAAAUGGGAAAUUAUACCUUCAGGUUUUGUCAGUUUGUUUUUAACGAAUCUUGGUACACAUGCUCCUUCAUACUUAUAUGCCCUAGGACGAGAAUUAUUUCACUCAGCAGAUAUUAAGACCGCUAUGCUAUUGAAUCAAUAGUUUAUAUAAUUUCUGUACAAAACUUGUUAAAAAUAAAUUUGUUGUUCACUGG